AUGGAAACUCUAUACUUGUAUCUUCCUCUUCUGAUCAUAGCCCUUCACAUCUUAACCAACCGAAUUCUUCACAAACUUCAAAACCUUCCUCCGACCCCUUUUCCAUCACUACCAUUCAUAGGACACCUCUACUUGAUCAAAAAGCCAAUCUACAAAUCUCUAUCCAAUCUCGCAAAACAAUACGGCCCUGUAAUUUCUCUCAAUCUAGGUUGUGUUCCUGCUGUUGUUGUUUCCUCUCCAUCUGCAGUUGAAGAAUGCUUGGUGAAAAACGACAUCAUUUUCGCGAACCGCCCGAAAACUCUAAACGCAAAGUACGCUGGUUACAACUACACCAGCCUCAUUUGGACUUCCUACGGUGAACAUUGGAGAAACAUUCGUAGAAUUUCAUCCCUAGAACUGUUGUCUUCCAACAGGAUACAGUUAUUGUCCGAUAUUCGGGUUGACGAGGUCCGAUCCUUGAUCCGGAAACUCUCCAGAACUGCUUCAUCUACUCAAUCAUCAGCUCAUGAUAUGAAGUCAUCUUGUUUUGACGUCAGUUUCAAUGUCAUAACGAGGAUGAUUGCGGGGAAAAGGUAUUAUGGAGGAGAUAUGAAUGCUGAGGAAUCUGGUGAAGCAAAAGCCUUUCAUGAGAUAAUCUCCCAAGCAGCAAAGCUAAACCCGAAGGUAAUGGUUCUUGAUUUCUUGCCCUUUAUGCGGUGGUUUGGAUUGAAUGGUGUGGAGAAGGAGAUGAAAAACAUACAGGAGAGAAGAGACAAGUUUAUGCAGAGUCUUAUCGAUGAGAUUCGUUCCAACUUUACUGAAAGUUCAGGCAAGAAGAAGACCAUGAUGGGCACUUUACUGACUUUGCAACAACAAGAACCCGACUACUAUUCAGAUGAAACCAUAAAAAGCCUCAUGCUGGCACUGCUUCAAGCAGGAUCAGAUACAACAGCAACAACAAUGGAAUGGGGAAUGGCACAUUUGAUAGACAAUCCAGAUGUUCUAAAGAAGGCCCAAUCCGAAAUCGACAGUAUCGUCGCGGGACAAGAGCGUUUGAUUUUGGAGUCUGAUCUUGCUUCACUUCCUCACAUCCGAUGCAUCAUCAACGAAACUCUGCGAUUGCAUCCACCAGCGCCAUUGUUAUUGCCUCAUGAAGCAUCCCAAGAUUGCAUGGUUGGAGGUUUCAAAAUCCGGGAUGGAACUUUACUUUUCGUAAACAUAUGGGAUAUUCAACGUAAUCCCAAGUAUUGGGAUGAUCCGGAGAAAUUCAUUCCUGAAAGAUUUGAAGGUUCAGAAAUUAUUGGUGGUGGUGGAAAAGAAGGGUUGAAGUUCUUGCCAUUUGGUUUAGGGAGGAGGGGAUGUCCUGGGAAUAAUUUGGCUAUACAUAUUUUGGGUUUUGCAUUGGGCUCGCUGAUCCAGUGCUUCAAUUGGGAAAUGGAGGAUGGAAAAGCUAUGGACCUAACUGAAGGUUUAGGAAUUCCUAUUUCCAAGGCUCAGCCUUUGGUAGCUAAGUGUUUGCCACGUCCUAAUAUGCAAAAACUUCUCUCUUCACUUUGA